AAUUCACUGGCAUGUUCCAUGGUAUAAGCACCCCCAUCCUGUCUUCUCCUGAUUCCAACUCUUGUGCUGCAGGAUUAUUUGGUCUGAGUCUGGGCAGAGCCCCCCUUUAAGAGCAGCCCUCCAGCUUCUGUUAUAGCAGGAAUCUGGUGAAAGUGAUUCUUGCCUCCCCGUGGCACACAAGGGAAGGAGCUCUUUAAAGGGACCUUCCUACUCCUCUUUGCAGCUACAAAUCCGUGUCGUUGGUGAAGACUUAGCGAUCCAGGCUUUCGCCUGAAAAUGAAUGAGGAGGGGUCUUGAAGAGCCCCCAUGACCUCCCAGAGUGCAGCAGGGAGGGAGCUGAUAGCUGGAGUGGAUGGAGACCACUGGUCUCUGGGGAGCGGCUUGCCAUUAGGUGCUUCUUGGGAUGCUCCGUGCACCAGUAGAACAUCCUGCCUGUGGUCCAGAGAGUGCUGGCGGCUCAUCUUGCAGUAUGCCUGCGUGGAUUUGAGCCAUCGCCCAGAGGUGAACCCGCAUUCAGACAAGGCUGACGGGCUCCCGGCAGGGCUGCGUACAGAUAGCACGAAUGCUUAGCUCCAGGCAUCUGCCCAAGCCUCCUGACUACAUGGAUUUGGCUGUUUAAUCAACCGCGAUUACUGCCCGGGAAGAUUUGUGAGCCUGAUCCGUGCUCCAGCUGCUGUGACAACUUCAGGGCUGGCUGUUUACUUCUCUCCGUGCCUGGGACUCUGUCCUGCACCCGCGGCCGCUGCUGAGACUUUCCCAGCUCUGAAGUCGGUUGUGAGAACUCCUCUGCCAGCAUUCCCAGGAAGAGGGAGCAGGAGGGGUUAAAAGACUAGCAGACCCUCCCAACCGCUCGACCUCUCGUGACUGCCUGUGUUCUGGGGUUCUAAGAGGGACCCUGUGCUGCCCAGGGAAGCAAUGCAAGUCUCCAUAGCCUGCACAGAGCAUAAUUUGAAGAGUCGGAAUGGUGAGGACCGACUUCUGAGUAAGCAGAGCUCCACCGCCCCCAAUGUGGUGAACGCAGCCCGGGCCAAAUUCCGCACGGUCGCUAUCAUUGCGCGCAGCCUGGGGACCUUCACCCCUCAGCAUCACAUCUCUCUCAAAGAGUCCACCGCGAAGCAGACUGGCAUGAAAUAUAGGAAUCUUGGAAAAUCAGGACUCAGAGUUUCUUGCUUGGGUCUGGGAACAUGGGUGACAUUUGGAGGUCAAAUUUCAGAUGAGGUUGCCGAACGGCUGAUGACAAUUGCUUAUGAGAGCGGAGUGAAUCUCUUUGAUACAGCCGAGGUCUACGCUGCUGGAAAGGCUGAAGUGAUUCUGGGGAGCAUCAUCAAGAAGAAAGGUUGGAGGAGGUCCAGCCUGGUCAUAACAACCAAACUCUACUGGGGCGGAAAAGCUGAAACAGAAAGAGGGUUGUCAAGAAAACAUAUUAUUGAAGGAUUGAAGGGCUCCCUCCAGAGGCUGCAGCUUGAGUAUGUGGAUGUAGUUUUUGCAAAUCGACCAGACAGUAACACCCCCAUGGAAGAAAUUGUUCGAGCCAUGACACAUGUGAUAAAUCAAGGAAUGGCAAUGUACUGGGGAACCUCCCGCUGGAGUGCCAUGGAGAUCAUGGAAGCCUACUCUGUAGCCAGACAAUUCAAUAUGAUCCCACCAGUCUGUGAACAAGCUGAGUAUCAUCUUUUCCAGAGAGAGAAAGUAGAAGUUCAGCUACCAGAGCUCUACCAUAAAAUAGGAGUUGGAGCAAUGACAUGGUCUCCACUGGCCUGUGGAAUCAUCUCAGGAAAAUAUGGAAAUGGCGUGCCUGAAAGUUCCAGGGCUUCAUUGAAGUGCUACCAGUGGUUGAAGGAAAGGAUUGUGAGUGAAGAAGGGAGAAAACAGCAAAACAAGCUGAAAGACCUUCUCCCAAUUGCAGAGCGUCUAGGAUGCACGCUACCCCAGCUAGCUGUUGCAUGGUGCCUGAGAAAUGAGGGUGUAAGUUCCGUGCUCCUGGGAUCAUCCACUCCUGAACAACUCAUUGAAAACCUCGGUGCCAUUCAGGUUCUCCCAAAGAUGACAUCACAUGUUGUAAAUGAGAUUGAUAACAUACUGCGCAACAAGCCCUACAGCAAGAAGGACUAUAGAUCAUAAGGCAAUGCAUGAGCCUCAGGAGCUGCAUGGGUAAAUCAGCGGUCUAUACAGGUACAGAGCGAUGUUACCAGCCAGUCUUUUGAGUCACUUAGCAGCCCACUGCUUAACCUCUAGUGUCCUCGGAUUCUGAGGUGUCUGCUGUCGCUACCACUGUGCACCUGAUUUAUGAGCACAUCUGAAAACUCACAACCAAGAAAAUCCAUUAUAUUUUCUUAUCUUGGACUGGAGUCACCUAUUUUUACAUUGUUCUGUACACCCCAUGUUUAUGCAAAGGAAAGUUUAUGGCGGGGGGGGAGGGGGAGACAUUACCUUCAGGUAUUUAGUAACUUAAGGCUGUACAGAUACAUUUUUUCAAAUGAAUAAAAUCCAGAGGCAGUGUGGAUUGCCUCAGAAAGAGUAGGCUAUGUUCCCACAGAAGUCUUGCUUGGGAGAACUGGCUGAAACAAUUUUACAUUUUUUUUUCUAUUUUCACAUUCAUGUUAGCAAGAGUUAUUUCACUUGUAAUUCAACAAAAUUCCUAGGUGUUUGCUUUCAUUACCUUUUAAAUAUUCAGUGUUGCUUGGCCUCAAAAACGGCCCCCUGUACCAAUUUAUCCAAGGUGUCUAUUAGGAUUCUAAUGUUAUGUCCAUUUGCAUGGAGAGAUAGAUGGUAAAAGGAUGAACAUCCCAAUCUUUAACUGGAGAUUGUAUAGUUAAUUUAUGAAAGGGAGAAUUACACUGCUAUGAAAGCUUAGCUUUGAAUAAAAUGUAUCUGCAAUGAAGUGUUCAUUUUUUUCUACAUUUUAUUAAAACCUGCUUUAUACUUUUGACUGCUUAUAGGCACAGCUUCUGCGAGUUUAAAUAUUUGAGCUUUAAAAAUAAAUAUACACAUGCUCAGUUUUGUAAGUAAACCUGUAAAAUACCCAGAAAAGCAAACAUGUGUUGUUUAAUUAGCACUAGGAUUUUACAGUAUGAUGCUUGGUGUUUUUGAGGAGUUAUUAACAUGAAAGUGAAUCACAGGCUUUGUGGAAAAUGCUGUUACUACUCAGCAUAGGCUGGGUGAAGUAACUUGCCCAAAAAGCAAAUAUUAAAGAAUUUCCUGAUUCUAGAAUCACAUUACGUGCAUUAAACUAUAUGCAUGAAAGUUCUCUGCAUGGAUUAAUAGGGACUAAUCUUGUGGCACUCAGCUGAGGUCUAUCCAGGCCUGCCACUAUUGGCUACCUACCCUCAUGAAUAUUCCACUUUAAAAAAACCUGAGAGUCUACCAUAUGUACCUGUAAGAAAGGAGAAAACUUUUCCCCCCAUUUUUAAGGUGUGUGUUGAGGGGGGGAGAGCUCUGUAUUUCUAUUUGGACACAGUGUAAUUUAAUUUUCUGGCCAGCAGGUCCCCCAUGUAGAAAUCACUUUGAGACUUAGAGUAUAUACUCUCAGCUUAAAAUGCUAUUUUCUGCCAUCAUUUCCAGAUAUGUUCUUCACUGUUAAGUUCUAAAUCUUAAAAUGUUAGUAUGGAAUACCAACAAUUUUCUUUUUGAUUACUAUUACCUGUAUUCUAAUAGGAAAAUAGUGUGGGUUUUUUUGCCCAAGAGCAUCAGGUUAAUGAUGGAAAUGGAUCAUUUUUUCAAUUGUUCAUAGUGUGUUCAAUCAAUCCAGUGAACUACCAUAUGCAUAAAUGAGUGAAGCUGUCUAAUUGGAACUGCAAUUAUUUAUCUGCUUAGAGUAAUAAAAGUAUUUGUGCAUUUCA